AGACUCCCACGAGGGGUCGAACGCAAACGAUUUGCGAAAGGGUUUAUUGUUUCUUUGCUUUCGGGAGCCGGAAUUGUUUGCUCUCUACUCAGUUCUACAAUCAAAUAACGCGACGGAAAAUGGCUGGUGGCAAGGCAGGAAAAGACAGUGGCAAAGCCAAGGCCAAAGCAGUGUCUCGCUCCCAGAGGGCUGGGCUGCAGUUCCCAGUGGGUCGUAUCCACAGGCACUUGAAGACUCGCACAACCAGCCAUGGUCGUGUAGGAGCCACAGCAGCUGUGUACAGUGCAGCUAUCCUUGAAUACCUCACCGCUGAAGUACUAGAGUUGGCGGGCAAUGCCUCCAAAGACUUGAAGGUGAAGCGUAUCACUCCCCGUCACUUGCAGCUGGCCAUCCGUGGUGACGAGGAGUUGGACUCCCUCAUCAAGGCAACAAUUGCUGGAGGAGGUGUCAUUCCCCACAUCCACAAAUCCCUCAUUGGAAAGAAGGGCCAGCAGAAGACUGCAUAAAUGCCAUGUUGACCAUACAUUUCGGGGCUUAGGCUUUGAUAGGACCAGGAGUUCACAUGUUCUUUUUUUAUUAUUAAUAUUAUAGCAAACGAAGAGUGAUUGUUAGGAUUUGUGUUGUAAUAUUUUCCCAUAACUAGAAAAUAAAGUACAGAAAACCCCUUAACGACAAAAAACAAAAUACCUUUGUAUGUUCUUGUAGAAGGUUUGACUGGGGAUUUCAUGAUUAUUUCAAAUAACUCUGUUCAAGUGAAUUUGUUUGAUUGGCCUGGGACUCUGUAAUGUUUUAUACUGAAAAAAGAAUUGUUAAAACCGUUUUUAUAUUAAAAAAAAAAAGUUG